UAUCCUUCACACUUAGUAGAACUUAGCACAAAAUGGCUCCCAUCUUCCCUGACCGGAAUUCACUGUUGAACUUCAUCGUCCGGGAAGGCAACGGCAUAAAAGGUCUAGUGGAUUCCGGCAUCUCGAAAGUCCCCGAUGAGUUCGUUCAACCUCCACAUGAACGAAUCAACAAACUAGACACAAACUUCACACACCAUAUACCCUCACCCAUAGACCUGUAUCAGCUUGAUGGACCUAACCAUGAUCAAAUCGUUGAGGUUCUCACAAAGGCUGCAGAGACUGUAGGGUUCUUUCAGGUUGUGAACCAUGGUGUCUCAACCCAACUGCUUGAGAGUCUUAAGGACACGGCGCAUCAAUUCUUUAAUCAACCACCGGAGAAGAAGGCAAUUUAUCUCCAGGAAGUGAACACAAACCCGUUUGUGAAAUAUAUGAGCAGCUUUGCGCCGGAGAAGGAGGAGAUGUUGGAAUGGAGUGAUCACUUGAACAUGACUUAUGUAGGUGAUGCUGAAGCUCUUAAGUAUUGGCCUGAAGAAUGCAAGGAAGUCACAUUAGAAUACCUGAAGACUUCAACCAAGAUGGUGAGAAGGAUAUUAGAAGUCUUGCUUUUGAAGCUUGGUGUGACACUGGAUGAUCAAGCAGCUGAUGCUUACAUGGCUUCAAAGAUGGUUGGAAUGAACUUCUACCCAAAAUGUCCAAAUCCAGAGUUAACAGUUGGUACUGGUCGCCACUCAGAUGCUGGUACCUUAACUGUGUUGCUACAAGAUGAGGUUGGUGGGUUAUAUGUGAAAGUUGAAGAUGAUGAAGAAGCCCAUGCCCAAAAAGAGGGACAGUGGAUAGAGAUUCCACCCAUUCCAGGAGCUCUGGUUAUUAAUAUUGGGGAUACCUUACAGAUACUGAGCAAUGGAAGGUACAAAAGUGCAGAGCAUAGAGUUCGAACUACAAAUACGCAGUCAAGAGUGUCAAUCCCUAUAUUUGUUAGACCUCAAUUGACAGAGAAGAUCAAGCCACUGCAUGAAGUGGUAGAGAGAGAUGGAGUAGCUCAUUACAGAGAAGUCCUUUUUGAAGAGUACAUGAAAAACAAAUAUGGGCAGGGUCAUGUAGGGAAGAGGACUCUUGACUUUGCAAAGGUCACUCUAUCCUCUCCUCCACCCAUAGAUAUGUACCAGCUUGAUGGGCCUAACCAUGAUCAAAUCGUUAAGGUUCUCAUAGAGGCUACAGAGACUAUUGGGCUCUUCCAAGUGGUGAAUCAUGGCGUCUCAACCCAACUGCUUGAGAAUCUGAAAGACAUGGCAGAUCGGUUCUUUAAUCGGCCACCAGAGAAGAAGGUAAUUUAUCGAAAGGGCGCGAGCACGAACCCGUUUGUGAAGUAUUGGAGCAGCUUUGCGCCGGAGAAGGAAGAGGUGUUGGAAUGGAGUGAUCAUUUGAAUAUGACUUAUGUAGGUGAUGCUGAAGCUCUCAAGUAUUGGCCUGAAGAAUGCAAGGAAUUCACACUAGAAUACCUGAAGACUUCAACCAAGAUGGUGAGAAGGAUAUUAGAAGUCUUGCUUUCGAAGCUUGGUGUGACACUGGAUGAUCAAGCAGGUGAUGCUUACAUGGCUGCAAAGAUGGUUGGAAUGAACUUCUACCCAAAAUGUCCAAAUCCAGAGUUAACAGUUGGUACUGGUCGCCACUCAGAUGCUGGUACCUUAACUGUGUUACUGCAAGAUGAGGUUGGUGGGUUAUAUGUGAAAGUUGAAGAUGAUGAAGAAGGCCAUGCCCAAAAGGCGGGACAGUGGAUAGAGAUUCCACCAAUUCCAGGAGCUCUGGUUAUUAAUAUUGGAGAUACCUUACAGAUACUGAGCAAUGGAAGAUACAAAAGUGCAGAACAUAGAGUUCAAACUACAAAUACACAGUCAAGAGUGUCAAUCCCUUUAUUUGUUAGACCUCAAUUGACAGAGAAGAUUAAGCCACUGCAUCAAGUGGUAGAGAGAGAUGGAGUAGCUCAUUACAGAGAAGUCCUUUUUGAAGAGUACAUGAAAAACAAAUGUGGGCAGGGUCAUGUAGGGAAGAGGACUCUUGACUUUGCGAAGGUCACUCUAUCCUGAUCCAUGACCCAAUACCCAAAUCAGUUUCAUUCAGCUUUUUCCUUUGAUCUUCUUCUUGCAAUCUUGAUAGCAUUCUUAAUGCCACAGCCA